UGGAUGGAUAUGUGUGUGUGUGCGAGUGUAUACCCGUCCUUUUUUCCCACUAAGGAUACAUUAUGGACCAGCAUAUUGAGGCAUCAAUGAAGGUUUCACCUCAUACCUGUGCAACAUUACAUGAGCACAGGAUUACAACUUUCAAUGCACAAAGGAAAAUCUGUGUUUGGUCAACGACCCAUGGUCCAAAUAUCUGAUGGAAAAAUAAGAGGAAUUUAUGACUUUGCCUAUUAUGGAAGGCAGUUUGCAGGCUUCAUUGGUAUUCCUUACGCUGAACCUCCACUUGGUCAACUUCGAUUCAAGGAACCUGUACCGGUGAAACCAUGGCAAGGCAUAUGGGAUGCAUCACGGUUGAAGAUUAACUGUCUGCAGCUUGAUGAUGAUAGGCAGAAAGUUGUUGGAGAAGAAGACUGCUUAUAUCUUAAUGUUUUUACAUCUCAGCUGCCAUCGGUAAAUUCUAUACAUCCAAAAUUGGAUGUAGUUAUCUUUUUCCACCCAGGUGCGUUCAUGUUUGGAGGUGGUGACUGGUAUGGACCACACUACAUAAUGGACCGCAAUGUAGUGUUGGUGACAGUAAAUUACAGGCUUAAUGUACUUGGGUUUUUAAGUACUUUAGAUGAGGUGCUUCCUGGCAACAAUGGGUUGAAAGAUCAGGUACUGGCAUUGAAGUGGGUUAAGAAGAAUAUAGCAGCAUUUGGAGGAAAUCCUGACAGUGUAACAAUUGCAGGGACAUCAGCAGGUGCAUCAAGUGUGCAAUAUCAUUUCCUGUCACCACUUUCAAAAGGUUUGUUUGUCAGAGGCAUAUCAACAAGUGGCACAACAUUGUGCGCUUGGGCAAAUGCAGAGAGAAUGAGAGAAAAAGCAUUCCGACUUGGAGCAGCAGUAGGUUGUGAUACUGAUUCAUCUACUAUGCUUAUUAGAUGCCUAAGGAAUCGACCUGCAGGUCAACUGGUUGAGAAGGUGCUCCUAUUUCAGCCAUGGAAUUUCAAUCCAUUUUCCCCAUUUGCACCAGUUACUGAGAAGCCACACGAAGGUGCAUUUAUCACAGAGGAUCCUCUUCAAGCUUUGAUUGGUGGUAAACUUAGAAAUCUACCAUGGUUGACAGGUGUUACUACAUCUGAGGGAUUGUAUCCUGCAGCACGCUUCCUGAAUGAUGAGGAACAGUUACAUGAAUUAGACACCAAGUUCAACGAAAUAGCACCAUUGAUAAUGCAUUACAAUUAUACAAUCAAACUAAAUGACUUGCCCAAGGUAAACAAAAUGAUACGAAGUUUCUAUCUCGGUAGCAAAACUAUUUCCAAAAACACAACCACAGAAGUCACACAGAUGAUUGGUGAUCGCCUGUUCCAAGUACCAGCUGCAAGAGCUGUAGAGCUGCAGGCUCACAAAAAUAAAUCUCCAGUGUAUCUCUAUAAAUUCAACUAUAGGGGAACUUACAGCUUGUCAGACAGGCUGUCACAUACAUAUAUUAAUUUUGGUGUAGCCCAUGCUGAUGAUGUUGGAUAUAUUCUUAAUACGUCAUACAUACCAAGAUUUGAAAAUCAAGAAGAAAAAGACAUGUCAAAUUUCUUACUUGAUAUGUGGAUCAACUUUAUGAGAAAUGGAAAUCCUAAUUCUGAAGAACAUAAUUUUGGCUGGACACCAACAAGUUCAACAGGAGCACAGAUAGACCUCCUGGAAAUCAAUAGUCCUACAAACUAUAACAUGACAGAGGAUUCAGACCUUGGACAUCUUAACUUUUGGAACAAAAUUCCAGACCAGAGAGCUAAAUACUUUCAUUCACCUUCUUAAUAACAUCAGAAAACAACAAGAGAUCCAUUAGAAGUUAAUGCAGAGGUGAUAUAAUAUUUAAUGUUAUAUUUCAGCAGUGUGUGUGAGUCCAUUUGUCACUUACUCAUAAUACCAGAAAGUUUUUGAGUAGUGUAUGACAUUUGAUAUUACAUGAUACAGAUGAAUGGUAAU